UGGACAGGUGCCUAAAUGGACAGUCAAGCAUUUCAAACAAGUUUGAUGAAGAGGAAAUAAAUAACAGUGAUGUCACAGAAGCUGACUGGGCUGGGGCCGUGUCAGCCUGCUGCGGUUCCCAGGCACCCAGGCUCAGCCCACCCCUGACUUUGGGGGCCAGGAGACAGCCAUGAUGCUCAACUGGAAGCUUCUGGGGAUCCUGGUCCUCUGCCUGUACACUGGAGGCAUCUCAGGCAGUGGAGACCAGCUGUCUUCCCCACCCACAGAGGCUGGACAGGAGGAGGGCUCCCCAGCUUUGCCUCAGGGCGCACCAAUCCCUGGUCACCCCUGGCCAGGGGCUCCCCCUAUUUUUGAGGACCCCCCACCUCCAAGCCCCAAUCGUCCCUGGAGAGAUGUGCCUGAAUCUGGAGUCUGGCCACCUGAGCCUCCUAGAACUGAUCCUCCUCAACCUCCCCGGCCUGAUGACCCCUGGCCAGCAGGACCCCAGCCUCCAGAAAACCCCUGGCCACCUGCCCCUGAGGUGGACCACAGGCCUCAGGAGGAGCCAGACCUUGAUCCACCCCAGGAAGAGUACAGAUAACUGAUCUCCCAGACGCCCCCACCCAAGCCCAUCUCUACUUUCUGAUUCCCCUGAAUUCUCCCCAAAUUUAUCCUAACUCUGUAAUUCCCUUUCUCACUCCCUCAAUUGCAUUCUCAGCCCUGAAGAUGAGUCCUCAAUAUUUUCUGUCCCCUCCUGAGAUCCAUAUUUAGCUCCCACAUUUCCCCCCUUUUUUCUCUGACAGCACAGGCAUAUCCCCUACCUCAGGCCGGGCUCUCCCCCUUUCCUCCACCUCCUGCCCACUGGGGGCUCCCGGUUCCUCUGGCCUCUCAUGUUCUCUGCUGCCACCUGGUGGCUAACAGCUGGCAGCUAUCAGGGGGCAAUGAUGCUUCCAUGAAAUGGAAAAAUAAA